UUAAAAGAUACUGUUUUAAACCACACGAAGUUGUUGAAAAAUCCAAAAAACUAUUAUUUAACCAAUCAAAAAUGAGAAAGUUACUACGAACUAACUGGUGUUAUCAAUGCCAUGCUUAUUAUUUAAUUUUAUAACAUUAUCGUCAUUACUAAUCAUACUAAAGUACUUGUUUCUACUAUUACUACUACUAUUAUUAUUAGUAGUAGUAGUAUGGUUAAUUGAACAUCCAAUGAUAUUAUUUUUUUCAUCACACCAAUGGUAUAUAAGAAAGUGAACAGUAAUCACUGCAACCAUAUCAAUAUUAACACUUUACUCUAGGUGAAUCAAUAAUUCGCCUUAUGAUAAAAUGUCAAUUUUCAAUGGUCAACGUAAUGAUUAUUUAAAAAAAGAAAUCAAUGGUCUUAAAAAAUGGAAAGUAAAUGGUCAUCAGAGCAUUGAAAAAUCAAAUAACAUACAAGAAAACGGUAAACAAAAUGAUCAUCAGGAAAAUGGCAAUAACCACAAUGGAGAACAAAUCGAUCAAUUCAAAAAUGGUUGUACAUCAAAUGGCGCUGAAAAAGUCAAUGAUUCAAUUGAAAAUGGAGCGAACUAUGACAGUUUGAAAAUUGCCAAAUUGAAUGGUGAACAUAAUCAUGAUUGUAUAAAUAAUGAUAAUAAUGAUAGUUUUAUACCAAUAUGUAAACCUGGACGUUUUAUUUGUCGAGGAUUAUACACAGAUAUUCCACAUUUGUGCUCUGAAACUGGUUACUUAAUCUGGAUUGAACCGAAACGAAACAUGCAUGUUUUGUUCACUUAUGGUGAUACAAACUGUGAUUUUUUAUGUUAUUUAGAGCCAGAAGUUCCAGGUGUUACAAUUAGCUAUUUGGAACCGAACCGAAUAAAACAUUAUCAACAUUUUCAUGAAAAUGACUAUAGGCCAAUACAAAUUCAUUCAGGAUUAGCUGCGUCGAUUAAUGGUUCCACUGGUACUAGAUACUCAUGUACAGGAUCAUUGUUCAAUACUUUUUCUUAUGCAAUCGAUUCUGAGGAUGGUCAAUGUUUUAUUGAAUUAAAUGUUUUGAAUAAAAAACAGAUGAAUCAAUUAAUUGAACCAAUAUCUCGUCCAUUCAAACUAAAUUUUCGUUUAGUUCUUUGAUACAACACUGAAUAUGAUAAGAUUUUGUCUAUUUCUAUUAUUUAAAAACACAACAGAAUAAACAUCUGUCAUUCUGGAAUGAUGAUUAUGUAAUUUUUCCACACACAUUAGCUUAUAUUUCAUUACUUUAUCAGACUUUUUGCACUAUGAAUUUGUGAUUGUUCUUCUGUGUGAUUAACAAAAAUAAUACCACAGUUAGCUGAAAUACUGCAAGUUAUUUUGUUUAACUCUAAAUAUAAUUUCAUUUUUAUGACAAUAAAGUUUUAAUU